GGUCUUGACCACGUCGAGCUCAGCCCAGAGCUGAAAGAGGCUGCUGAGAGGUGGCUCAUGGACCGAAUCAAGGAGCAACGUGAGGCUGAUCAGCGGCGCUGUGAACGCCCGAUUGCAGACAGAAUGGCUGACUUUGCUCUGGAGCCUCUAGGUGCCACUGUGGUCCAGUCCAGAUCGUCUGAGACCCACCACUCUCAGUCCACGUGCAGGACCCUCUUUGGAUUUUCUCUGUGGUGUCGCUCUCAGAGUCCACGAGUUGCCAUUCAGGGCUUCCCGGAGCUGCUCCCGGGGAGGUGCUGGCCGUUUCAGGGUCAUCAGGGGACUCUGGUCGUCGCUCUGUCGCACCCCGUCAGGAUGAGUCACGUGACUUUGGACCACCUGCCGAGCUACAGCUCCCCCAGUGGACGCAUUGACUCGGCUCCCAAAGAUUUUGAGAUCUAUGGGAUGGAGGACAAGGACGACGACGGGACUCUGCUGGGCAAGUUCACGUACGACCAGGACGGAGACCCGACACAGACGUUUGAGCUGCCUAAACCCAGCGAGGUCCAUCGCUACGUGUCCUUACGUGUGCUCAGCAACUGGGGUCACGCAGAGUACACGUGCGUGUACAGAUUCCGUGUGCACGGAACGAUGGACGUCACAUGAUGUUUGAAGCACAAGACUG